UUAGCAAUUUAGUGUAUAUAACAGUGAGAAGUACAGACCUGAAGUUACAAACCUAGAGAUCACUCUCAACAAAAAGCAUCACAAGUAGAAAAGUAGAUCAGCAGCCAUGGCAGGAGUAGUAUCAAGUGUAACUAAAAUAGAUUUUGUGAACAUCAUAAAGGCUUAUCCUCAGCCCUCUUUCAGUCCUAAAGUAUCCACAGUUAGCUUCAUUUCCAAAUCCAAAUACUCCAAGGGUCGAAUAGGAUCCACCAGCGAAGAUCCCAGUAAGUUGGGCAAAGAAUUCGAAGAGUUCGCACAAAAAACAGGAGAAGAGUUAAAGGGAAGCUUCGAGGACACGAGACAAAAGGUCAAGAACUUGAAUGAAAAACUCCAAGCCGAAGCUCACGAGGCAGUAGAGGCAGGCAAGAAGAACGCAGAUUACUUGGUUGACAAGGCCAAAGAAGACGCAGAUAAAGCGGCUGACUUAGCUUAUGAAUUGAAAGUGAAGACUUUGGACGCUGCAGUUGUGGCGGCUGAUAAGUUGAAAGAGACCGGAGGCGUGGUAGCGGAGAAGUGGAAGGAGACUGGAGACACGGUGGCUGAUAGAGUGGCCAAGGCAGCGAGUGAGGCCAAGGAUGUGGCGGAGGUGUCCAAUCAGAAGCUCGGAGAAGCGUUGGACGCGGCCAAGGAUACUGCGGAGAAGAUUAAGGACAGUGUUGUGGAGAAAGCUGAGAGUUAAGAAUGUGGUUUAAGAUGCUGGAAAGAAAGUGUGUUUAUUAACAUGAUGGGAUUGAUAUAUAUGUAUAUUUCAAUAACUGCCCUUGUUUGUUAUAUGGAUCAAGACAAGAAUGCAUAUAUGAAAAUGUGUAUAAGCUAAACUUUAAAGUUAGAUAGACCUAUAAUAAUUUAUCAGUAUUUCAUUAUUUUUAUGUAA